CUGGGCUGACGACACCUGCCCGCCUCCGUCGCAUCCACGCACAACGGAAGACUCCCCCACCUCACAGCCACGGCGACACGCUAGCCUCGGAAAGGCGGACACGUAAGGUCCAUUUUCGGGGUUGAGGGAUUUUCUUUUGUCCUCUCGGUCCCGGAGGAUCCACCGGAUUGAUGGCGAAUAUGGACGGACUCGUCGAACCACCGUUCCGCACGACGAAUACUCAUCUUCUUCGGCAAAUGAGGUUAAACUAAUCAGCAAACAAAUGGUAGUACAACAAAUAUCCAGUUCGCCAAAGUGACAUUUCAAUAACAAGCGCAUACACACACACGCACACACACACACACACAGUCAAGUGAUGGCUGUGGAGAACUCUGUCCUGACCCCGCGUCCGGACUCACUCUCACUGCCGGUGGACCAUAAGCCGGAAGGGGGGCAGGAGGUGGUCACAGAGGCCCCGAUGACCCCUGCGGACAGCCGUGGUGUCUUCAACGUGUCCGAGGAGCUGGGUCACGUGGUCACCACCGAAGCGGUCAAGGUGAACCGGUCGUUCCAAUCAAAGAUGGCCGAGCGGGAGGCCACAGUCAAUCAGACCAGGAAGAAAAUCCAAGGGCCAGAGAAGGAGAGAGGGCGAUUCGGAUGGGUUCGCACUCGCCGCAAGAGACAGCGCUACGUGGAGAAGAACGGCCGCUGCAACGUGCAGCACGGCAACAUGCGGGAGACGUACCGCUAUCUGACCGAUAUUUUCACCACUCUGGUGGACCUCAACUGGCGCUGCUCACUUUUCGUCUUUGUCAUGGCGUACGCCGUCACGUGGCUCUUCUUCGGCGCCAUCUGGUACCUCAUCGCCUAUUGCAGGGGCGAUCUGGACCACCUUGAGGACGAGACGUGGACACCGUGCGUCAACAAUGUCAAUGGCUUCAUUUCAGCUUUCCUCUUCUCCAUCGAGACGGAGACCACCAUUGGCUACGGCCACCGCGUCAUCACUGACCAGUGUCCCGUCGGCACCAUGCUGCUGUUGCUGCAGGCCAUUCUGGGAUCAAUGGUCAACGCUUUUAUGGUGGGCUGCAUGUUCGUGAAGAUCUCACAGCCCAACAAGCGGGCCGAGACGCUGGUGUUUUCCAAGAAUGCCGUCAUUUCUCUGCGGGACGACCAGCUGUGCCUGAUGUUCCGGGUGGGCGACCUGCGCAGCUCACACAUUGUAGGCGCCAACAUGCGGGCCAAGCUCAUCAAAUCCAAGCAGACGCAGGAAGGCGAGUUCAUCCCCUUGGACCAAACAGACAUAAGCGUGGGCUUCGAGACAGGCGAUGACCGCCUCUUCCUGGUGUCGCCGCUGGUAAUCUCACAUGAGAUCGACGCCCGCUCUCCUUUCUGGGACAUGUCGCAUGCGCAGCUGGAGAAGGAGGACUUUGAGAUUGUGGUUAUCCUGGAAGGAAUGGUGGAGGCAACAGGCAUGACCUGCCAAGCCCGGAGCUCCUACUUGGCUGAGGAGGUGCAAUGGGGGCACCGCUUCAGUCCCAUGAUGUCGCUGGCUGAAGGCUUCUUCGAUAUUGACUACGGUGCUUUCCAUCACACCUUUGAGGUGGACACACCCUCCUGUUCGGCACGAGAGCUGUCAUUGGCUGCCGCUAGGCUCGACGCUCACCUCUACUGGUCCAUCUCUAGCCGGCUAGAUGAGGAGCCCACCCUCGCCCAGCAGGCCGCCAAGGAGCCGCAGGCGGCGCCGCCCGACAGCGCCAAAGACGAGGCACCCACCUUCAUCGUCGGCGAGAUGACCGACAACAGCGUUCCACCGCCGGCGCUCGGCGAGCCAAACGGCAGCAUCCAGUCAGCGUGCGAGGCUUAGAUGACAGAAUGUGCACAAAGACAUUCGGACGAUUUGCUUAGAUCUCCACAAGAAGACAUUUUCUUUCUUUUUGUCUUUCUAGAUAUCAUACAUGGACUUUCCUCUUUUUAAACCACCCUGACCUUUAUCACGGUUUCAAUGAGGCAGGAUAUUGUACAUUGGCAGAUUUGCUCACGUUUGAUUAGCCUGUAGAUAGUUUAGGAAGUGUUUGCACAUGUUAAAAAGAAUUGAACAUUAACGCCUAUGCUCUAGCAAGGGCACUUUUCUCUGUGUGAUGUCACACAGGCGAUGGUGGUACUUUUAUUAAUCAGGGGAAAACCAAAUAUGUAAUUAUGUUAAUUUGCAUUGCUCCGCUAGCAUUUUCCCAGGCUACUGGAGGGCGCUGUUUGUUUAAGAUAUUCCUAACACCGCGGGACAUCAGGUGAACACAUAAGGCUGUUUCUGGUGUCGUAUAUAAUGCAGAGAUAUUUUUUUUCUUUGGAGUCAGCCAUGGGCAUAUUCAGAUUCUUUUCAGGCAGGGGUGGGCAAUUAUUUUCCCGGGCGGGCCAAAUGAGAAGCAGAAAAUAUUGUGGAGGGCCGGGCCAAAAGUUAGAAAUAGAAAAUAAAGAAGAUAGCACAGCACAAGUCACACCCUGCUACCCGCUGCUGUCUAUAAAUGUGGUGCUUUUAAUUGAUGCUUUUAAUAACAACUGGAGUCUAUAUCAUAUACUAAUAUAUCACUUCGAAUAAAGUCUACUCCAGAGUAA